AUGGAAGAAGCAUAUGCUGGAUCAUGUGUUCAAAGUUUCUUUGAACCAAAAGUAGAUUUUUCUAUUUGUACAAAUAAAUCUAUUAAAUUGUUUUUAAAAGAUUUAAAUAAUUUGAAUUAUCCUAGAAAUGUAAUAGAUAAUAGCAAUGAAAACAACUUAAAUAAUAGUAAUAAUAAAAACGAACAAAAUAAUAAUGAUAAUAAAAAUCAAGAAAAUAAGAGCAUUUCAAAAGAUGAUGAUAAAAACAUAUUAAAUAUUGAUAAUAAAGAUGCAUUAAAUAGUAAUAAUGGAGAGGAAACAAAUAAUGAUAAUAAUAUAUGCACAAUAGAAGAAAACAUUAAUAAAAUAUUAGAAGAAAAUGUAUCUCUUUUAAAUGGUUACUCUUACUUUAGUAGAAUUGGGCAUAAUAUAAAUUUAUUACACACCGAAUUAUCAUCAAUAAAAAAAGACUUCCUUUUUUUAAGUAAACAAACAAGAGUAAAAGUAAAAAAAUUGAAAAAUAUUAAAAAAAAAAAUAUAAUAUAUAAAGGUUUGCUUGAAGAAGUAAAGGAGGAUAGGAAAAGAAAAGAAUUGUAUGAAAAAUUGAGUAUAGAAAUUAAAAAGUUAGAUGAUGUUAGAAAAGUUCAAAAAAAACAAAAAGCAGAAAAAUAUUCAAUUGAAAAUUUUGAAAAAAAAAUAAAAAAUAUAGAAAGCACAAUCAGUUCUAAUAAUAACAAUGUUCUUAAAACUAUUGAACAAAUUAAUGAAAUUAUAUCAACAAAUUUACAAAUAGACAUUAAAUAA